AAUGGGGGAGGAUUCAACACAACCCGAAGCAAGCUACAGGACGCUGAUAGUUAAAGAAAAAUAAAGAAAGAACUCAAAUAAAAACCACCCUUAUUUUUAGAUGGAAAAAAUGGAAAGAAAUUGGCGAACAAAAGACACAAUGAAGGACAUUUGAAUGUAGUGCAGGAGGAGCUGCUCGGUAUGGAAACACUAGUCCACUUGCAAUCAACGCAACAGUUGCUUGUGUAAAGGAAUUCCUAGAAUAAAUUCGACAAAGCAGCCGAAUAUGGUUCCCAGUAAGUGGACUAUGAGCACAGCACUCCAUCACAAAUCCCCUCCGAAAAGUUGGCUUGGAAUCCGGCUGCGGCUCAAUGAGAAGUCUGCAGGAGUGGAGGAGUGUGUGGAGUGUCAGCAUCCAGACUGCAGCGAGCGCCGUCGGGCCUCCAAGGUGUGCCAUCACCCCGAGUGUCAGGAUCUGAACAACAAGAGUCCUCUUCACCUGUGCGAGUCAUGCGACUCCCGCUGCCACUUUGACGAGACCCACACCAUGCACUUUGACCGUCACCCUCGCUUCGACCUGCAGCCUCAAAGUUCCAUCCUGGGCCGGAAUGUGUCUACUCGCUCCUGCCCCCCACGCACCAGCCCUCCUUCUGACCUGGAUGAGGAGGAGGAAAGCGGCACAGAGAAAGGGGAGCGUAAGGUGGGACCGAUGAAGAUAAGGAAGAAGGCCCGGAGACGUUAUACUGAUGACCCCACAAAGGAGUGCUUUACUCUCAAAUUCGACCUGAACUUCGACGUCGACACCGAGAUCGUUCCCGCCCUGAAAAAGAAGACACUGAGAGAGGUGCUGGGGCCCGUGUUUGAGCGUAAGGGGAUCGAGUUGUCCCGGGUCGAGUUGUUCCUAGACCAGUCCAACACCCCCCUGUCACUCAGCUUUGAGGCAUACCCUUUUGGAGGACACUACAUCAAAGUCAAAGGUAUGGGCCUGCAUGUUGCAGCUCGUCCUGGUGAUGAGCUGAAGGUGGAGAAGGAAGUGAAGGAGUCUCUCACAAUGCCCAAUAUGAAGAUUUCAGUUGGGGGAAGUCCCUACAUCCUCAAUUCCUCCCUUGACAAGAUCGAACAUGGCUCCCUUACCCGCCAAGAGAGUGUGGAUAUACUGGGUCAGAGUCAAGCACGUCGGCGGAAGAACAUGACCGAAUUCCUGGGUGAUGCCAACAUCCCGUCUCCAGACUCCCUGGCUCAGCUCGGCGGUUCUCUUCCGACCAUCACCUCCUCUGGUUACGACAAACACAAGAACCGCAGUGCGAGUCGCUUUAGCGGUUUCUUCUUCUCCUCCAAGGAGGUGGACCGUGUGGAGCAGCUCAACAAUAGACUACAGAUGUACCAGUAUCAUGGUGUUCCCAAGAUGCAUCCACAACUCUCCUUUCAUCAGGACUCUUGGGAAGAGGAGGAAGUGGAGCCUGACCUGACACUAGAGGACAGCUGGCAGAAGCUACUGGAGAAUCCAGAGAUUCUGAGCAGGCGACAGUUCCACCAGCAGGAGGCGAUAUGGGAACUGUUGAAUACUGAAGCAACCUACAUCAAGAGGCUGAGGGUUAUAACUGAUCUCUUCCAGUGUGGCCUGCUAAACCUGCAGGACUUCGGCCUCCUUAAUGAGGUGGAACCAGCCAAGCUGUUCAGUAACAUCCAGGACCUGGUGCGAGUACACACAGCACUGUGGAGUCAGGUCAUGGUGCCGGCACUGCAAAAAGCUCGCCAAGACCGGAGCCUGCUCGAUCCAACCGAUCUGUUCGAGGGCUUCCAGACUUUUCCAUCUAGGUUCCAGCCGUACCUGCGCUACUGCAUGGAAGAGGAGAGCUGUUUGGAGUACAUGCGCACCCAGCUACGAGACAACGAGCUCUUCAAGAUCUACAUCACAUGGGCCGAGGGGAACAGGCAGUGCAACCGAUUGAAGUUGGCCGACAUGUUGGCGAAGCCACACCAGAGACUCACCAAAUACCCCCUGCUGCUUAAAACGAUCCUAAAGAAAACAGACGACUCUGCAGCAAAAGCCUCUCUCCUGAGCAUGGUGGCCAGUGUGGAGGGCUUCAUCAACAGUGUGGACUCUAAGAUGCUGCAAAAGCAGGAGCAGCAGAAGCUGGCAGCCAUUUCAGCCCGAGUUGAGAACUACGAGCCAGUAGAGGGUGGCAGUGAGGAGGUGGAGAGGAUUCUAAAAGAGUUUAACCACAUGGACCUCACGGCCCCUAUGAUCGACGUCUCUUCAGAGGAGAUCAGACAGCUCCACCUAGAGGGAGCGCUACGCAUGAAAGAAGGCAAAGAGAGCAGGAUGGAAGUCCAUUGCUUCUUAUUUACCGACCUCCUCCUCAUCACGAAGCCUGUGAAGCGUUUAGAGAAGGUGAAAGUUAUCCGGCAGCCCCUUCUUCUUCAUAAUGUUGUAUGCAAGGAGCUGAAAGACCCAGGUUCUUUUGUUCUCAUCUACCUCAAUGAGUUCAAGAGUGCUGUGGCUGCCUACAUGUUCCAGGCCAACAGCGCCUCCCAGGGUCGAACCUGGAUUGACACAAUCAACAAAGUUAAGACUAAGCUGCAGCGUCUGCGUUGCGAUGUAGCUGGACGGCACCAGUCUGGACAAAAUCCAAUGCUAGAGAAAGAAGUGGAGGAGGAUGGAGGUGAGCAGAGCAGCAACUCUACUUCCAGCUCUCCACGCCUCCAAAAUAAAGGACAACUCAACAUAGGGAACUCAGACGGCUCCACAGAGACACUGUCUGUGAUGGAAACGGAGGAUUCAGGAGCAUGCUCGGAUCUGCAAACUGAUUCAGACACGCUGGCAUCCUCCCUCCUCAGCAGCGCUGAGCUCCAGCCCUCCCAGCAUGCCCAAGAGGGCUCGGAUCUUGACCCGGAGUUCUGCAGUCUGUCCAUGGACAGCGCCUACGGCACACUUUCCCCCGAGUUGCUGCUGGAUAUGCAAAUCCAGACGACCACCAGCGAGCAGGAGAGCGCAGAAGAGGAGGCCGAGGCAGACAGUGCCGAGGUGGCCACAGAGGACGAGGAAAAAGAGCCAGAAGAAGAGGAAGAGUCAGACGACAGGAGCUCAUCAGACUCGCGAAUCUCAAUAGCGACCCAUCUAAAACCCAGGCGACGCCCACCGGUCAAGUCUCGCACUCUUUGUCUCCAAAAGCUGCCGAAUAAGAGCCAUUCAGAGGACAACCUGCUGCAGCGGGUCAAUGGAGAGGACACGCAAGGCACAAGCGAAGACAUUGCACAGUGCCCGGACGCCCCUUACCAGCUGGGUCUGGAGUGGGCUGAAGGGCGGGGACACAGCCAGAGCUUGACCGAACUGAACCUAGAUAACACUGAGACGUCUCAACCGAAAGAGACGGAGAGGACGCAGAGCGAGCGUCUGGCACACAGCUUGCCGUCCUACGUGUUCAGGAACACACUGAGACGGCGUGGUUACAAACGGGACAAAAAGAAAGGCCUUAUCGACUGCAGCGGCUCAGAUGGAGAAAUCACACCCCCCGGAUCUCAGGAGGGAAACUGCGGUGCUUCGGAGGACGAGAUGGGCAGCGGGAAGAAAGCGGAUCAGCACAAGAAGCUUACGCUGUCGCAGCUGUACAGAAUACGCACAACACUGGUGCUUAACUCCACACUCACAGCCUCGGAAGUGUAGAAUCGGCCACUCCAUCACUCCGUCAGCAGCACCACCUUCAUGGCUGACCCGCUCAUCAGACGAAUGCACUCAAACCAAUGAACAGAACUCAUGAGCUUUUUGCACUUUUGUAAUAAUACAAGUAGCUUUAAUAAGGCAGGAGGCUAAGCUUUAGGACGGGAAAAAAGAUUCUUAAGCAAGAUGCAGAACAUGGAAACAUGGGGGAAAGGUUUCAGCCUACGUCUGGUCCAUUUGUGCACUUGGACCCGAUCAGAAGGGGGCGGGGGGAGACGACAAAGGAGUCGAAGGGUUCAAUUUAGAGCAUGCAGUGAAAUAAUGGCACCUUGGGUUUCCAGAAAUGUUACUGUUUUUCUGUGAGGUGUUUUCAGUCGAGUUAAAAAAAAAGAAGAGAAAUCUCUUACAGAUUUAGUUCAAUCUUUACACACUAUUCUAUGAUGGGGAAAUACCUCUGUUCUGGAGGUGAGAUUAAUUUGAUUUCAGGUUUGUGCUCGUCCACUUGAUAUCAGACUAUCCAGAUGACAUUUGUCCACGGUUCUCUGGGUGCUUAUGAGGCAAUGUGUGUUCAAAAAGCUACCAUAUAUGUGUUAGGAAAAGACUAAGCCAUACAGAGGUCAUAUUCAUGUGCAAAACCAAAAAAGUAGGCUGUAAUUACAUAAUUCAAAAGCAAUCUGUUAAUAGUUCACACUUUCACUGGUAUUGUCUUUGUGCGUUUGUUACUGGGUGUGAUGCUGACUGUGAUCAUAUAAUGCCAUCGAGAGUGAGUGAGAGCAUGUGUGUGUUAAAUUAUGACCUAAAAUACAUGCUGAAACCAAAAAUAUCUAUUUGAAGAUGGUAUUAAUGACUUGAGCAGCCAAUGAACAGGCUACAAGGACCAGCAUUAACAGCAAAGCAGCAGCCAUCACUUAUCAAUACAGUCUCAUUAUCUCCUGAAAAAAGCAGAUUCUUGAGAGUAGUUCUUAAUUCUUCAGUAUUAACAGCAUGAGACGAACUGAAGCUGCGUGAAAAGAAACGGUCAGGAUUCUAUACACGAAGCGCAUGUGGCAUGGAAACAAUUUUCAAAUUCAUUCAUCAUCAUUUUUUAUUUAUUUUUUUUUUUUACAAGAGUUUUGCUUUAAGACUGAACAACGUGGUCAGGUUUUACGUUUGGCAACUUUCAGGCGAAAGUCCUCACGUCUUUACUCCCAAACUCUAACAACGCAGUGUUGUCUACAUUUCCUACUCGUCCUAGAUUGAGUUUUAGGAUUAACAGAGAAUCAACCAGUCGCAGAUCAGCACUUAUUAGGAACGAGAUCAUUUAAGACACUGAACAUAUAGCAGGAUUUGGGUUUAGACUGAACUACCUGGUUUUCCUCAAACCUCACAUUAACAUUAGGGUUAUUUAUAAAAAGAACAAUCGACCUGCGUUCUUCUUACUAGUGUUUAACUACGGUCUGCCUAAUUUACUAAAGCAAGUCUUCAGAAAUGUACUAUUUGUAAAUUUGCCCAAAAUUAAUAUUGUGCAUUAAUUGUUUACUAAGGUUUUUUUUUUGUUGUUGUUGUUGUUGUUCAUAAUAUUUAUUAAGAUUGCUUUGUUUUUAUAUAUAAACCAUGGUUUGUAAAUGUAUUGUUGCUUAUUUCAUGACUGUCUUUUUUUGUUUUUCAGAUUGAAUAUGUUCAAAUGUAAUUUGUUUGAAUUUAAUAUGCUUACAACCAAAAAAAACCGUAUUCCCAGUGAUGGGGGUGGUCCUGCAUGUAAUAAAAAGGCAUCUGAUCUUAA